AGCUUUGCACGAAUUAUGGAGGGUGGUUACGCUCGACGGCUUUUGCAAGUGGGAAUUAGAUCAAUUACAAAAGAAGGUCGUGAACAAGGAAAAAGGUUUGGCGUGGAGCAAUACGAAAUGCGAACUUUUUCCAGAGACCGCCAAUUUUUGGAGAAUCUGAAACUUGGUGAAGGUGCGAAGGGCGUGUAUAUUUCUGUGGAUAUCGACUGUAUGGAUCCAGCAUUUGCUCCCGGAGUAUCUCAUAUAGAACCAGGCGGUCUCUCUUUCCGUGAUGUUCUAAACAUACUGCAUAACCUUCAAGCGGAUGUUGUUGGUGCUGAUGUUGUUGAGUUCAACCCACAGCGUGAUACUGUUGAUGGCAUGACUGCAAUGGUUGCUGCGAAGCUGGUAAGAGAACUUACUGCCAAGAUAUCCAAGUGAUCUGCACAGGUUAUUCUAAAUUUAUGAAGGACGCAAUACUGUGCAUCCUAUAUAGACCGCUUGCGUUAGAUUUAUACUCACUUUUAUUGGGAAGUUUAAUAGAGGAUAAGCACCAAAGAAAGUGUUUAUUCACCUUAUUGUAGCACUGAAACCGUAUUAGAACUUAAAAUGGAAGUAUCAGGUAGGCCUAGUAGAUGCUCAGUUUUCCAUUGCAAGAUCAAAUUAGACAAUGAGAAUUAUUUCAUGUUAUUGAUUGGGAUAUCUGUAAGCUCACCUCCCAAAAUAAGCUUUCUUCGCUGCUCCUACUUA